CAUCGACUCUGCUGCGGAUUCGCAGAUCUCACCGUGCAUGGAUAAAUCCACCUUCACAGUCUGCUCGCGCCGCGGUUGUGCCUUUUAGCAGGCUGACACACAGCGAAGCUGGAGUGGAGGCGGACUGAAACGCCGCCGCGCUUUCACGGCACGAAGCAGCGGCAGCAGCCAGAGCAGCUGUCAUGUGAAUCAGCUGGACGAACAAGGAAGGGGAUAAACAACAACACCACACCGUCUUUCUAAAUCAAGGUUAUAUCUGGUGAGGCGGCAGGAUGGCGGGAGCAGAGGUGUACACCCCUGCAAACCCCACCUGCAAGAUUAUGACCUUCAGGCCCACCAUGGAGGAAUUCAGUGACUUCAAUCAGUACCUGGUUUAUAUGGAGUCUCAGGGUGCACACCGUGCAGGCCUGGCUAAGGUGAUUCCUCCUAAAGGCUGGAAGCCCCGUCGCACCUAUGACGACAUAGAUGAUCUGAUGAUCGAUGCUCCCAUCCAGCAGAUGGUGGCUGGUCAGUCAGGGCUCUUCACUCAAUACAACAUCCAGAAGAAGCCUCUCAGUGUGCAGGAGUUCAGGCGACUGGCUAACAGUGACAUGUACUGUACACCUCGCUACCUGAAUUAUGAAGAUCUUGAGAGGAAAUAUUGGAAGAACCUCACUUUUGUCUCACCCAUAUAUGGUGCUGAUGUCAGCGGUAGCCUCUAUGAUGAGGAUGUAGAGGAGUGGAACAUUGGCCACCUGAACUCCAUCUUGGAUGUUAUCGAGGAGGACUGUGGUGUAUCCAUCCAGGGGGUCAACACUCCAUAUCUAUACUUUGGCAUGUGGAAGACUACCUUCUCCUGGCACACUGAAGAUAUGGACCUGUACAGCAUCAACUACCUCCACUUCGGCGAGCCCAAGUCCUGGUAUGCCAUCCCCCCUGAGCAUGGGAAGAGACUGGAGCGUCUGGCUACAGGUUUCUUUCCCAAUAGCUUCAAGGGGUGUGAGGCUUUUCUUCGUCACAAGAUGACUCUAAUCUCCCCCUCCAUACUGAAGAAGUAUGGCAUUCCCUUUGAUAAGAUUACUCAGGAAGCUGGAGAGUUCAUGAUCACCUUCCCUUAUGGCUACCAUGCUGGCUUCAAUCAUGGCUUCAACUGUGCAGAGUCCACUAACUUUGCUACUGUGCGCUGGAUAGACUAUGGCAAGGUGGCCACACAGUGCACAUGUAGCAAGGAUAUGGUAAAGAUAUCCAUGGAACCCUUUGUGAAGCGUUUUCAGCCUGACCGGUAUGCUAACUGGAUGCUGGGCAAAGACUCGACACCUAUCGACCACACACUUGCCACUCCCAGUACAACACCAGAGCUGCAGAGCUGGUUGCAGAGGCGCCGCAAGACCAAACCUGCUAAUAAAGGCAGCCACUCUCGUAUGCGCUCCAAGCGCCUCAGAACCUCGGAAGAGCCUGUAGGUCUGGAUGGCAGCUCGGCUCUGAGCAGCAGCAAGAGGAAAAGCCUGGGUGGUCCGCCUGGGCCCAAGGUGCGAAGGUCUGUAGCAACAACCUGCAAGGAAGAAGAGAAAGAGAAGAAAAAAGAAGCUGAGUCAAAGCACAACCAGAAUCCGAACUCUGUUCAGCUUUCUGAUCCCUGCAGGCAGAUGUGUGUGGUCAAGGUAAAUCGGGUAGAGAGUAAUAGUUUGGGAUUUUCCAACAAGGAGCCAUCCCAUAACUCUCACUGCAGUCUGCUACCCAGAUGCAUCCCUGGAAUUAAUGAGUCAAGGUGCUGCCCUUCUGAACCACAAGAUCUCUCAACUUCUCAGGACUGCUCUAUUGGAGUCCCACACCUGGAGGCCAACAAACUCAGCUCAUCUUCCCACAUAACAAGCACUUCUGCUGAGACUGAGAUGAGCUUGUGUCCACCUGACUGUGAUGGUCAGACAUCUAGUUCCUCAUGUAGAGAAGACACUUUAAGCCAAACGCCAAACACUGUCCAUAGCAACAUGGACACAGGUACUGAGAAUUACACUAACAACACUGCUAAAGCAGAAAAAAUGGACACAGUUGUUGAUCCAAAACAUAUCAAUCCACACUCCACCACAGAAGCACUUUAUGAUCUCAAAGCUGAGCCAGCAGAGGGGGAUAGUUACACAUCAUGUAGUUCCUUCUCCCCUUCAGGACAAAAAUGCAGUUUAGAAAAAAGCAGUACUGAGGAAAAUCUCUUCCCUCCUCUGCUACAGAGGAAUGCAGUGGAUAUGCCACAACUCACUCCCGAGCCAGUCGAUAAGGAUGGAAUCUGCCCUUUGCCACCUGUACUGACACAAGAGAUGCCCUCCCUCACCCCGGCUGAUGAUGGGCUAACUGAUGUCCCAAAAUCUAGAUUGUGCAGUCACCAGGUUGCACCUGUGCUACAGCGAGAGACGCCAACUGGCUCUUUGUCUUCACAUGGAGCCAAACAGGAAGAGAGAGAGACUGAAUUAAUGAUAUCAAAAGACUCUCUUACCGUAAAACAUGCCAGCGACUGGCAUCUAGAUUCUCCAUUUAAUUGCGAUGGGGCAGCAGUGUCUGGUUUAGAAGGAAACACGGCUCAUUUAACUGCCAAUGCUAUGCACAAAAUAACAUCUGGUGGUGUCCAUGAAAUGCUAAUAAUGCCAGACAUUGCUGCAGAAAAGGAUCAUACAAAGCUGGAAAAUCUUACUCCUGGACAGAGUGAUGCUACCCCUGGCCAGCUAGUUCAGAGUGAUGCACCGCAAACAGAACAGCAGUCCAACUUAGCAGAGUUGGCAAGUAAAGAUAAGUCCAAAGAUCCAGCUCAAAGAGACAGCACAUUCAGUCUGAGCAGUGCUGGCUCUCUUUUGACUGGUACCUCAAACAAUAAUCCUCCAGACCCUUCCCCUCCAUUAUGCAUGCAAAGUGACAGCCACUCAGCAUUACAACUAAACCACCACACUACAUACUCACCUUCACAUUGUACUUCCCAGAACCCAUACAUGGAGCCCAAACCAUUCUCCAGCAGCAUCUGGAAAAACCUCAGUUCCCAGGGUCCUGCAGUACUCAUUCAGAGUCUGCACCCAGAGCUCCCUUCUGACUUCACCCAUGACCCUCUACCAUACACCAUGUGGACUGAACCUCAGUGCAAAGAGGUCACAGACCUGGAGGACCCAGACCAAGACCUCCGUGAGUCAGAGAACCAGGAAGAGGAAGGUGGGCCUCUCACCUGGGCACAGCUCGAGCCCACCUCUCUAGUUUCAGUUGGUGCUGUAGAACCCCUGGGGCUUUGUGGAGAUUACGAGCUCCACAGAGGGGAAGUAGAUGGGCCUGAGGCCCUCUCCCUGUGCAGGGAGCUGGGGAGACAAAGGGAGGCAGAGGAGAGUGAACAUUCAGGUACAGUAGUUUCACCUCUUGGGAUGGAAGGAGGAGAACAGGAUGGGGCGUCUGAUAUGGAAGAAGGGGGAUCUGAAGCCGAAGAGGCAGAGCAGCAAAGUAGUGCCAAGGGAGAGAGCAGUAGUGACUCCUCUGAUGAGGAGGAAGAAGAAGAGGAGGAAAAUGAUACGAGUAAUUAUGAGUGUGAUGAAUCAGGCCUGGAACCUGGGGAGGUUUGUGCUUACCCUGCACUGUCAGUGAAGAGGACCACUAAGAGCUGGCGGCACCCACUCAGGAAACCCACUGCAAGGGCUGUACCCACUGCUGUCAAACAACAGGCCACCAGUGAUGAUGAGCCCCCUGAAGCAAGCCUGGCAGAGGAGGAGGAGCAGGAAAUGGAAGUGUGGGCGAAGCCCCUCGUCUACCUGUGGCAGAACAGGAAGAGUUGCUUCACAGCUGAGAGGGAGUACAACGCUCAUGCAGCCACCUUGCAACCAUACUGUGCGGUGUGCACACUCUUCAUGCCAUACUAUCAGCCUGAAGACAAAGCAGAGGAUAACAGGCCUGCCACUGCUAAGGACACCUCCAAAUCUUCCUCCCCUAUGGAGGGCCCCACACAUCCCUGUCAAGGUCUGAGGAGAACCAAGCCCCUCGUCCCAGAGAUCUGCUUUUCUUUCCGGGAGCAGAACUACCCCCCAACUCCCACCAACCCUCUGCUGCAGGAAGAUGGCACCUCCCCUCUGCUCUACUGCCAGGGCUGUUGCCUGCAAGUCCAUGCGAGUUGCUAUGGUGUUGCCGCAGAUGACGUCAGUGAGCAGUGGUCGUGUGAUCGCUGUACAGAAGGAAGCUUUACAGCAGAAUGCUGUCUCUGUAACCUCAGAGGUGGAGCACUGAAGAAAACCCAAAACGACAAAUGGGCCCAUGUGAUGUGUGCAGUAGCACUGCCAGAGGCGAGGUUCAGCGAUGAAGCCAAGAGGAGUCCCAUUGACACUAGUAGGAUCCCCAUGCAGCGAUAUAAACUGAAGUGUAUCUAUUGUCGUAAACGCUGUGCGGGGAAGCGGCAGGCAGGCGCUUGCAUCCAGUGCUCAUGUGGCCGGUGUCCCACCUCCUUUCAUGUGACCUGUGCCCAUGCUGCUGGUGUAAUCAUGGAGCCUGAUGAUUGGCCAUAUGUUGUGUCAAUCACCUGCCAUAGACACCAGUCACGGAGUUCGUCAGCUAAGCAGCGAGCGUGCCAAGCGUCCAUCUCACUGGGCCAGACAGUGAUCUCCAAACACAAGAACCUGCGCUACUACAGCUCCAAGGUCACACAGAUCACCUCCCAGAUGUUCUACGAGGUCAUGUUUGAUGACGGCUCCUUCUCCAAUGAUACCUACCCCGAGGAUAUAGUGAGCAGAGAUUGUGUGAACUUGGGUCCUCCUGAAGUUGGAGAAGCUGUUCAAGUGAAAUGGCCUGACGGGCUGUUCUAUGGUGCUAAAUACCUGGGAUCCAACGUCUCCUACAUGUAUCAGGUGGAGUUUGAGGAUGGGUCUCAGGUGCUGGCAAAGAGAGAGGAUGUCUAUACUUUAGACGAAGACCUGCCUAAAAAGGUGAAACGUAGACUUUCCACAGCCUCAAGCAUGCGUUUCCAAGAUGCCUUCUUUACCACGCAGGGUGAGAGGAAACGGCAGAGGACACCUAAUUCUCGCUUCCAGAAAGACUAUGUGGCCCUGCCAGGCCUCCGUACAACUGCCAAAAGCACAUGGGAGCAACGCAGCCACAAAGGGAAAUGAAAAAGUGGACAAGGAUGAAUGACAAAUGAAUGCACUGAAUUAACAGUGGGUGUAGAGGGGAGGUUGGUUGUGCGAGUGUAUGUGUGUAUGCUUGAGUGUAAGUGUUUUUGGAUCCUCUUCCAUUUUGACGACUAUUGUCCACACGACUUCUCUGUGAACAGAUCAGAUGCCACGGUGUGAGGCAAUGGCUGAUCUGGGUUAGAUGGACGUUAAAUUACAGUAUGUGUGCUUGUACAUUAUUCAUCAGCAAUUGGUGAAUGGGUGGUGUGACAGGCUGGAGAGGAUUUCUGAUUGGACAGCUGGACUCUUUUAGAAUGGCAUAACAGAGGGCAUUGUUGCCUCAGUUGCCUCGUGCUUUCACAUCUGUCAGGGAAAAUAAACGUGACUUACAAUUGUCACAUCAUCCCUUUUUUGAAAUACACAACAAAAACUUUUUUCUUUGUACAUGAAAAAUUCAAAAGUGAGAUUUUUCUAAAUAGCGUGCCGAUGGUAGCUUUUUAGGGGUCUGUUAUUUCCAGUUUUGAUUUUGAAUAUUUAUGCACUUUGCUUGUAGUAUUUUCCUCAUGUCUUAAUGUUUCGCCCCGCAUGCUAAACACUGUCUCCUAACUGCUUCUGCUGGGCUGAGUCCAAUUACUACCACAGUGGCUUCCUCUCUGCAUCUUUUUUUUUAAUCCUUACAGACAAAAAUGUAUGAUUUUUGAAUUUGACAUUGAAAAAUGAAUCAUUACAGAAAAAAAAGCAAAAAAAUAAAAAUAAAAUUUAAAAAAGCAUCAACCCCACACUUCUAGGGUGAAAGCUUCAGACAGGAAGCCAUGGCUGUGUGUUGGAUUUUGUGCCCUCUUAAUGUGAAAUGCUACUGUUGCUCUGUUGAAUGAAACACAUUGUUGAAAUUAUUUAAAAUUUGUAUUUAUUUUUGGCUUGCUAUAGUUAAACUAUUGCUAACUGCUGUAAGGAAAACAAUAAAAAAUCACAUAUGUUUUUUUUUU